AUGGACAAGGUAUUAAACUUUUUGCCAAAUACAAACAAAAGCCUUGACAAGAUGAACAAGGUGGAAUUCAAUAAAUGGUUGGUCAAUUCGGAUCUUACAAAGUCGAGAAAAAGGUAUAAAAUCAACGUGCUAGAGCAAGAUGAACUGUUGGACACCACGCAUGGCUUAAGAAAGACUGAGGCCUAUGUUUUACCAUUAUCACUUGAAGAUAAUAGUACAAUAUCAGGAACAGCUGCUAUCCUCAAGGAGUUUGAGAGUGAGUUUGAUCUACAUUCUGGAGGAACUAGUCCUGAGUUUAUACCUUUCAAUACCACCAAUUGUUCAUUUGAUGUUGAUCAAGCCCGAUCACGGUACAAACAUAUGAUAUCACAGGCAAAACAUGUUGCUGACAUGGCUGGUUAUGAAGCAACUUUGGCGAGUAAAGAAAUGCAUCUGGAUGGUAUAAUGUCUGAUGAAACCCCAGUUUCUGACUCAAAUAUCAGAACAGGUGAAGAAGAAUCGGAUGGAUCUGAUGGUAAAACAGAAACUAUUGAAAACUCUGUUGCAAAUGACAGAUCCUGUACAUUAGACAGUGAAAGACGGAGGUUUAGGAAUGAGGAUGCGAAAUUUUGGCAGUACUAUAACAAUAUUGAUUCCCGUGUCAAGUCUUCAAUUCAGUCAAACAGUGAAGAACAGUUUGCCGAGACUGUGAAUGCAAUGACAAAAGCAAAGUUAUAUAUUCAUAAAGAUCAUCUACAGCGAACAUUCUUGCAUAUUGCUAUUGAAAAAGCAAACAACACCCUUGCUAAAGCGCUUGUAUUUAGUGGUUUCAAUGUUAAUACUAAAGAAGGAUGUGGUAUAACUCCACUUCAUUUGACAAUUACUUUUGGCAACAUAUCAAUGGCACAGUUUUUGAUUGAUAGAAAUGCACAGUUCAAUGGUCCUAUGUUUUCAAGCAUUCCCUCUCCAAAGACGAUGGCUGAGAAACUUCACCUUACCGAGUUACUAAGAAUCAUGGAGGAGAAAGAAGAGGAAUCAGAAGAAGAAGAUGACACUAUAGCCAGCAUUGACCAUAGAUUCAACCUGAAGCCAUUAAUCAGUUCAACAGAGGAAACAGAUAAAUUAGUAGGAGAGUCAAAGGGUUUGUCACUCACGUAG